AUGCCCGUCUGCGCAAUCAUCGGACACCCAGUCGCCACUCAACUAUGCAGCUGGGGUUAUGAAAUCUACGAUGUGCCCUGCGAAGAAUGUCCCGACAUGUUCGAGUCCGUCGUCCGCGUACGCCUCUCCGAACGCUACUGCCCCAUAUGCUGGCCUCUGUCAACCUCAGCGCCAGCGCCUGUCCCUGCUUUUCAGGAGGAAAACGAGGCGCACCCGGGCACCUUUGGCCCUUGUUUGCCUAUCCAGGUAGAGGUCGACAUAGGGUACGGUGCAGGAGCCGACACCGUCGAGCACGUCGAUCACAUCCUCGACGAUUUCUUUGACGAAUUCUACGAAGAACAGGAGAUGGAUGAAGAAGACGAUCAGGGGAGAAACAUCGAACAGAGCAUUAGGAAAGCGAAGGAAGAGGAGAACAACGAGGGGAGCACGGUGAAUACGCAGCAGGAAGAAGCUGGGGGAAUGGGGCUGAGUAAUGCAGAGGAAGCAGAAGAAAGAGAGUUGCCAACAGAACUAGAAGAGGACGAGAUGCUCGACUUCGAACCUGUGAAACCUCGCAACCGUCGUCAGCGUCGGCGGCAGGGGCGCAACUUCAGAUCGGAGCUUCCCAAUCGUGCUGAUGAGCCCGAGCUAGAGGCCAGGUAA